AUGAACUCAAUCAAGAACAUCGCUUUUUUCGGCCUCAUGGGAGGUGCUCUGGCAAUUCCCAAGCCCGCGACCAGCCAAAGCCACACCAAGAUCAACUACCCAACCGACGUUGGCUGCGGUGAAGUUAAUGUCUUCUACACUGGAUUUCCGGCCCACCAUCAAAUGGUUAUCGACCAAGGAUACAAUGUUACUGCGGUUGAUAUCUCACUUCGUAACGAAGCUGCCAACCUCGUCAAGGCUGGGUUCAAUGUCUACGUCCUCUUCCAGGGCCCUGACCAGCCCGUAUCCAACAUCGCCGACCGUAUGGCGGGAACCCAAUGGGGCAUUGAUGCCGUUGGCUGGGGUCAGCGAGGCGCCGGCAACCCUGAGGUUACCUACCGAUUCGAGGAUAACCUUCACCAAUACCGGGAAUCUGCACCUUUGACACCGACUGUCUUCAAUUGGGGUCCGAAUACCCUGUCUGAGUCCAUCACCCGCCGCGUUCCUCUCAAUGAGGAUUGUACUGACAAGCCCGGCAAGCUCCUCGCCUACGAGGAGAUCUGUGACCCGACACUUUGCGAGAAGAUCACUGUCGUCCUCAAUGGAAGUCUGGAGGACCUUCUCAAGGGCCCCAACGCGUAA